UAAAUAAAAAAGAAAGAGACUUAGAGCUCUGCGAACAUGUUUGACUAACCUCAAGGUGCCUCCAAUGGCUGUCCUCCAAGAAUAACUCAAACUUUCGCACAAAAAAAAAAAACAGAAAAAAGAAACAGAAGAAGAAAAACCAAAAUCCCUUUAGAUGCGCCUGUGUUGUGUCUGAGAUUCCAUCAGUUCUUUCUUCUCUUGUUCCAACAAAUCAAGAACUAAAUCAGUUUCAAGAAUGGUGGACGCAAUCCCAAAGCCAAUAAAAGACAUCUGGGACGCAUGGAGCAUCCGAAGUAUCUUAAUCUUCAGUCUCAGCCUCCAAACAUUUCUCAUUUUCUUUGCACCUCAAAGGAAACGCACAUCAAGAAAAAUCCUACUCUCUUUCAUCUGGUCAGCUUACCUUCUCGCCGACUGGGCAGCCAAUUUCGCCGCCGGACAAAUCUCAGAUAGCCAAGGAGACGACCCGGAGCCCGGAGAACCGGCCAAGAACGGAGAAUUAUUAGCUUUCUGGGUUCCUUUCUUGCUCUUGCAUCUCGGUGGUCCAGAUACAAUCACUGCCCUUGCUCUUGAAGAUAAUGAGCUAUGGCUAAGGCACUUGCUGGGUCUUGCCUUCCAAGCAAUUGCAACCCUGUACGUGCUUCUUCAGUCGCUACCCAACGCUCUUUGGAAACCCACUGUGCUAGUGUUUGCGACAGGAGUGAUCAAGUAUGUCGAGAGGACAUUAGCUUUGUACCUGGCGAGUCUUGACAAGUUCAAGGAUUCCAUGAUUCAGCGGCCAGAUCCUGGACCAAACUACGCGAAGCUCAUGGAGGAAUUCGCGGCCAAGAAAGUUAUGAGGAUGCCUACACAGAUCAUCAAGAUGGAAGAGCCUGAGAAAGACCCAAGAGCCGAUGCUAAGGUUAAGCCUGAUGAGCUGACCGAGCUCAAUAUUCUCCAAUACGCCUACAAGUACUUCAACAUCUUCAAAGGUCUUGUGGUUGAUCUCAUAUUUACCUUUCAACAACGAGCUGAGAGCCAGCGAUUCUUUAGCUCACUUGAAGCAGAUGAAGCUCUAAGAAUCUUAGAGGUUGAGCUCAACUUCAUCUACGAAGCUCUUUACACGAAAGCCGAGAUUCUGCAUAAUUGGAUAGGAGUCAGCUUCAGGUUCAUUGCCCUGGGAUGUCUCAUAGCAGCCCUCCGCAUAUUCCAAUACAAGAAAAAGGACCAAUACGUUGGAUUUGAUGUUGGCCUUACUUAUGCAUUGCUGAUAGGAGGGAUAGCUCUGGAUUCCAUUGCUCUUAUCAUGUUCUGUCUAUCUGACUGGACGUUUGUCAGAUUGAGGAAAAUGAAGGACGAAGUGGACGAUGAUGACAACUGGUUAGACAAAACUCUCAACUGGAUUCUUAAGUGGAUCCUGGGGGUCAGAAGAAAGUUGAAGACAGAGAAGUACAAAUGCUUCAAGAGUACCGAGGAUAAACCGGACAAGGAAGAUAAUUGGCUCGUCAAGAUUCUAAAAUGGGUGGGCAGAUUCAUGGGGUUGGGUAAGAAGGAACACACAAGCCCCAAGAGUACCAAGGAUGAAACGUCUCGUGAAGUGGACACGGGGCACAAUGAGGCCAACUGGUUCGGAAAGAUUCUAACCCGGAUGCUCAGUUUCAUGGGGUUGGAGAAGAAGAAACACACAACAAGCUGCGAGAGUAACAAGGACAAAACGUCUGGUGAAGAGGACAAUAAAGAUAACAGGUUCCAAAAGUUUCUAAUCAGGAUCCUCAGUUCCAUGGGGUUGCAGUGGAAGGAACAAGAAAGCGUCAAGAAGGAGAAAACGUGUCAUGAAGUACUCGACACUUUUUUUCUGUCACGCAGGUGGUCUGAGUACGUGCAUGCACACAACUUGAUCGAAUACUGCCUAUGGAUAAGGCCACAACGAAUCCACCAUACCAAGGGUUUCAUACACAUGUCAUUUAGCUGGAUUAUCAAAGUCCUCCUCAUCAGAUUCAUCUUCAAAGGAAUUGGAAAAGUCAUUGCAUUCUGCUUCAGGGAAAUAAACCAGGGAAUUGAAAAGAUUUACAAGUGGGGUGACAAUAGGAUAAGUCUCAGCUGCAAGGAUAGCAAAUGGUUGAAUGAAGAUGCUAUUAGGGGCUCCAUCUACUGGUUAUUUAUCCUUGCUCAUAUGUUUGGAUAUCUAAUAAGAAAAUUCAUGGACUUCUUCGGAAUCCAAGCUCAGCUAGAGGAGAUGAUCUUCACAUCCAGUGAUCGUCUCACCCUGGAUCUGUGGGAACACAUAUUCGAAGAGGUUAGAUCGAAAUCCCGCUCAGCUGACGACUCAGAAAGCGCCAUGAGGGUAUCUUCAGCUAGAGGUGACUGGACUCUACGAGCUAUACAAGGCGAAGACGCAGCAACUGAAAAGCUUCUACGGUAUGUGUUGGAAAUGGAUUAUGAUCAGAGCCUUCUUGUGUGGCAUGUCGCCACUGAGCUCUUAUACCAAACAGAAAAAGGCACUGAAGAGAACCAUAGCUACCGUGAGUUCAGCAAAGUGCUUUCAGACUACAUGAUGUACCUCAUGAUGAUGCAACCAACUCUGAUGUCAGCUGUUGCUGGUAUUGGAAAGAUAAGGUUCCGGGACACGUGCGAGGAGGCUAAGAGGUUCUUCAAAAGGAGGCAUAUCAAUAACGGAAACAUAAAGACGGCCAGCGAUGCGAUCAUGUCCGUGAAGUCUCCGGCGAAAGCUGAACCUAUCGACGUGAAAGGUGAUAGAAGCAAGUCAGUGCUGUUUGACGGGAGCAUGCUAGCUAAGGAGCUGAAGGGUAUAGUCAAGGAGGACAAGGACGACACAAAGAUGUGGGAAAUGGUGAGCAAAGUGUGGGUUGAGUUGCUUUCUUAUGCAGCAACUAAAUGUGGAGCUAUAGAACACGCAGCUCAGCUCAGCAAAGGUGGAGAACUCAUAACCUUUGUUUGGCUAUUGAUGGCUCAUCUUGGAUUAGGAGACCAAUUCCAGAUCAACCAAGGAGAUGCCAGAGCCAAACUGAUCAUAGGCAAGUGAUCACACACAAAAAAAAAGUAGCAGCAACAUUAGUAUCCUGUUGCUUCAGUUGUGUUUUCUUUUUGUAUAAAUUUUGUUUCAAAAGGGUAUUGUCUUGAACUGUUUGGAGCUAUCAUACCAUUACCAGAAACUAUCUGUUCUUGAAUAAUCUGCAUUGUAACUCCUUUCCUUCUUGUUUAUCCACUGAUUGGCUGAUAAAUUGAUUUUAUGGGAGCUUCAUUGAUU